AUGUUGAUUAACCAUAGUCCUUAGUGUAGCUUAUCAGCUGUGAUAUUUGUGUUAGAUAACCGAUCGAGCUUCUUUAGUAUCUGUCUAACCAUAUCGUUUUAGUGUCUGAUAAUUUGUUAAAUAUAAUAUUUCUAGCCUAAAGGAAGCGGAAAUGAACGAUCUAAACAUGAAAUCGUUGGAGGCUAAGGUGGUGGUCUUGGGCUCACAAGGUGUGGGCAAGACGAGUGUUGUCAUCCGCUAUGUUGGAGGAAUGUUCAGUAAAGCUGUUAGCCCCACUAUUGGAGCCUCAUUCUUCACAUACAAACUCACACUAGAACAGUACAGGGUCAAGCUUCAGGUCUGGGAUACAGCUGGUCAAGAGAGGUUCAGGUCAAUGGCCCCUAUGUACUACAGAAAAGCCAAUGCGGCCAUGCUUGUCUAUGACAUCACAUCAUUAGAAAGUUUCUAUGACAUUAAAGAUUGGGUCAAAGAGUUAAAGAAAAAUGUUGACACACCUAUUGUUCUCUGUCUUUUGGGUAACAAGAGUGACCUUGAAAGUGGGAGAAAGGUCAGCAAAGAAGAUGCUGCAGAAUAUGCCUCUUCUAUAGACGCCAUUUUCUUUGAGACUUCAGCUCUAAAAAACACAGGUAUCGAGGAUGCUUUUCUCCAAGUGUCCAAGCAGUUGAUUCACCUGUACGAGACGGUGCCAAACAGUGGGAUGGGGUCUCUGGUCUCGCAACAGGCGCCUGACAUGUAUGCUCCUGACCACGCCCUCAAGCUGCCAGAGAGGAAUGAGCCGGCGGUCAGUCGACCACAGGACUCUGCUUGCGGCUGCUGAGUGGGGUCAAGGUUGUACAUAAUCUUGGGGGUGGGUGUAGUGUGUCGUGCUGGGAGUGUGU